AGGGAACCGGCGGAGUUUCGCAAUUCUCAUCAUCAGAUACACUCGAUCCUCAAACACAAGAGGGACCGAUAUUGUCGGCAUAAAUACCCUCGUCAUGGCUCCUUACGUCAAGAAGCGCAAAGUCCUCGACUCGAUCGCAUCGCGACCCCAGAAAAAGUUCCGCAAGCAGCGCGCAUACCACAGCAGCUCCGAAGAUGAGGACGACCAACCUACCGAUUUCCAAGCCGUCAGUCUAGCGGAUUCCGACGCCGAAGGAGAAGCGAAGCAAUCUCAGAAAAAGACCUGUUCUAUUGGUGAAUCGACUAAGAAAGUCGCAUCUAAACUGCAGAAGAAGCAAGAAGACAGCUCCGACGAGGAAGAUAUGGCGUCCGAUUCGGCCGCAGACGACUCGGAAGACUUAGAGGACGAUGAGUUUGAUGUUGGCGCAGAGUCAGAUGCUUCGAAUACCGCCUCGACGGCCGGGGGUCGUACUAUUCCUAAACGUCAUGACCCAACUGCGUUCUCCAACUCGAUGGCCAAGAUUUUGGCAACCAAGCUCCCCACCUCGAUGCGCGAAGACCCUGUGCUGUCCCGCAGCAAAGCUGCUGCCCAAAAGAGUACUCAAGUGGCCGAAGAGAAAUUAGAUCGCCAGGCGCGAGCUAAGAUGCGUGCGGAGAAGAAGGAGGAAUUAGACCGCGGCCGUAUCCGCGACGUAAUGGGCCUGGAGCGUGGUCAGGCUGGUGCAGUGGCGGAAGAGGAGAAGCGUCUGCGCAAGAUUGCCCAGCGCGGUGUGGUGAAAUUAUUCAAUGCCGUCCGCGCAGCCCAGGUUCGCGGAGAAGAAGCAGCCAAGGCGGAGCGGAAGAAGGGUACAAUUGGUAUCGGCGAGCGCGAGAAAGCCGUAAAUGAGGUCAGCAAGCAGGGAUUCUUGGAUCUGAUCAGCGGGAAGAAGGGUAAGCCGUUGCAUAUCGAAGAGGCUUGAGUGCUGGUGAAGGAAGUCGCUGUAACGUGUGUGUGUGUGUGUGUGUGUAUACCUGGCAUAUUCAUGGCGUUUUGGGGGGCUACUCUAUGAUCCUAUUCUCUCAAUGUUUACCAACUCUUUUCAUUAAACUUGAUAUGUUCUAUUUACAAAAACUCUCAUGUCCUGAAACGAUGAAUGAGAAAUCG